GUCCCUGCAGUAGACGUAUUGACGUCACACGCCUGUUUGGAAAAGAAGCGCGAGUUGACCUGCAUGAAGGAGCGACCACUGAGUUUUCCUUCGUGGACUGAGAAGAACUAAGAUAGUCUGGACUGUGGAAAGUGUUCAUAUCAGAAUGUCGUCACUGAAGCCAUUCAGUAAGCUGCCUGGUUUGAACACAGCGAACAUACUGCUGGUGGAGUUUGAGGAGCUGUUUCAGCAGAGUUUGGCCGACGCUCUGGUGGAGGAGACUGCUGUCACUGUAAAUGUGAGACUAGCAAAGAAUCUGCCGCUGCCCAAGAAGAAUGAGGAGAUUCGUCCAAGGAUCGAACUGGUAGUGUUUAUCAUCAACCUGACCUCAGAGCUUAGUUUUCAGUCAGCAGAGGCUUCUCUGAAAUAUUUGGACUCUGGAUUUUUUCUUGGAAAAGUCUGCUUCAUGGUUACUAACGCUCGUAAUGCUUUGGUCCCCUCAGAGCGCCUGGACUCUGUCAGAAAGCUGGCAGCAUCACUCCACUGCCCUUUACUGUUUGCAGAGGAUCAGACACCAGCAGGUGUGACCAAUGCUGCAGAGAGGCUGCUGACCAUCCUGAAGGUGACGUCCGGCCUUGUUCCCAUGACGACUGCUCUCUACCUGUCCAACCUGACUCGCUGUAUUGUGCCCCCCGACAUCGACCAGCCAGCCUUUGAUUAGUACACGUGGCUGUUUUGGGGACUUUUUCAUCUUUAUAUUUAUUAUAUUAUUAUAAGAGAUGGGCUCUCGGCCUGAUAUCACAUAUACUAGUUCCUCUAUUUUUUAACUUUUAAAAAUUAUUUGUGUUUUCUGUUGUCUCCUGUUUCUGUCUUCUCCCUCCAACAAUGAUGUGUUUUCCUGAAGUGCUGAACUGGUAACUGAGCGGUCUUCAAACUGACUAAAAACAAUGCCUCUUAUAACAGAACUGGAGACCACACAAGUAGUUAUGAUGAGGAGGUUCAUGAACAACUUUGUGUUUUGAUAUGUAAAGAGCACACAUACACUUUCCAACAUGUCGCAGCAGGGACAUGUAUAAAUAAUACAAUUAAAUUUGCUUAUUCAGUUUGAG